AUGCAGAAUGUCCCCAGCGCGGACACGGGCGAAUUUGUGACUCUGGACCCCAACAUCAUGAGUACCUGGCUCAGUCUGUCCUUCGAGGCAUCCCAGGACUGGUGUGAGAAGCCCUGCAGGUGCACUCGGGGCAGGAAGAGCUUCAAUGACAGCAGCAAUUUCAUACGUCACCAACGUAUCCAAGCCGGAAAAAAACCCUUUGUGUGUCCCCAGUGUGGGAAGAGCUUUAGCUUUGCCUGGAGCUCUGGGCUCAUCAACCAUCACCACACCCACACGUGUCAGAAACCCUACAAGUGUCCCCAGUGCCAGAAAAGCUUCAUUCAACGAUCUAAAUUAAAGACCCAUCAACAGCUUCACACAGGUGACCAACCGUUUAGCUGCUCCCAGUGUGAGAAGAGGUUUAACAGCAGAACAGAUCUCACCCAUCAUGGCCAAACCCACCUCAGGGAUCACCAAGAAUGA